AUGCAGGCCAGUCGUCUCAAAUCUCCCCAUUGGGUAACCGGUUUAUCUAUCUUGGUUCCCGUUGUCGCCUUCGUACUCGCGAGCAUCGCGCUAUUUGCUGGCACCGGCUCACACCCAAAGCAGCUUGAGGAAUAUCACAUGAUCUCCCGAUCAUUGUCUGCCCUCGAAUUGCGGAAACUUCCUACCGGCUCUGUCGGUCUAGAUGAUAUUGAGGACGCUGUUGACGGUUUCCAGGGCAGCGACGAUGACGGCAAGGACGACAUUACAGAUGGCAUCAAUGAGGCCAUCGACUCUGCCCAGGGAGUGGGCGAUAAUAAGGACAGCAAUGCGGACAGCAUCACAAAUAGUGUCAACGACGCCGUCGACUCUGCCCAGGGAGUGGGCGAUGAUAAGGACAGCAAUGCGGACAACAUCACGGGUGGCAUUGGGGACGCUGUCAACUCGUUUCGGAACGAGACGGUUGACGAUAUCGGCGAUCUUAUAGGUAAUGGCCUCAAGAAUUUUACCGAGGCGUUUCAUCUUCCGCAAUGGUACUCACUACACGUCACCAAUUAUUGUAAAGGCCUUUAUGCUCCAAACGCCACAGUGCCACACCCUCGAUAUAAUACUACCGACUGUGGGAUAAACGUCUCGAGAAUCCUUACCGACGAGUUUCCCGUUCUACGCCAUGCUAGCAUUGCAGAUUUCCCGCUCGACGCUGUCUAUAAAGCGACCGGAUAUAUAAACAGUCUCCUCUUGGCCGUAUAUAUUUCUUACAUCGUCAGCUGCGUGUUCUGUGGCUUGUCGAUUCUGUUUACAGUGGCUACUUCCCUGCGCUUUCGUACACGCGAGUGGGAAGGAUUCAAAAAGAUCGUGAUAGCGCACGUGGUCAUUGCUGGACUUGCUGGCCUGUCGCUCGCCGUCGCCAGUGUGAUCACCACGUUGGUGGCUGUAAAAGGGGCUUCUGGAAUCAAUGAUGCUGGCAAGAGUAUGGGAAUAUCUGCUCGUGGGGGUACGAAGCUCCUCGCAAUCUCGUGGGCCGCCUGCACCCUCAUGUUCGCCAACCUUGUGACUUGGGGGCUCUUCCAUAUCUCAGAAUCCCGGUGA